AUUUUGUGAAAAUAUUUAUGUCGUUGGCCGCCCUGUAUAAAUUCACAGCGCCUCUUCCGUACAAUUUCGUAAGUUUUUCGACCACAUGCCCAUCCUGAAGUAGACGCGUGUCGAGUUUUACGGCGUGGUCAUCUAUUUAGACAAAUAAAUCAUGGGCAAGGUUAAGUGCUCGGAGCUCCGAACAAAGGAGAAGAAGGAACUGCUGAAGCAGUUGGAAGAGCUGAAGACAGAACUCACCAACUUGCGAGUGGCCAAAGUUACUGGAGGAGCUGCUUCCAAACUUUCCAAAAUCCGUGUGGUCCGCAAAGCUAUUGCCCGCGUGUACAUUGUUAUGCACCAGAAGCAAAAGGAGAACUUGCGGAAAUUGUACAAGGACCGCAAAUACAAGCCCCUGGACUUGAGGUCAAAGAAAACUCGCGCUAUGCGCCGCGCCCUGACCAAGCACGAGUUGAAGCUGAAGACGAAGAAGCAAAUUUGCAAGCUCCGCAGAUACCCUACCCGUGUUUUUGCAGUCAAGGCUUAAAUAAAUUAAUCUUGGUUUAUAAAUAUAA